AUGGCUGGAAAAGCUGUGCUAGGAGCUGCCAUAAAAGUUCUACUUCAAAAUCUGAUCUCAAUUUUGAGGGAGCAAAUUAGCUUCUUUGGAGAUUUCAAUGAAGACUUGAAAAGGCUAAAAGUCUCCAUCUCGACGAUACAGAGUUUCUUGAACGAUGCGGAGAAGAAGCAAUUCACCGAUGAAACUGUCGAACGCUGGUUAAGGAAUCUCAAACGUGUGGCUUUUGAUGCCGGUAAUGUCUUGGAUGAGCUCAACUAUCAACUUCUCUCCAAGAAACUUCAUACCGAUAACACAACAAAGACAAAGGUACGAGGCUUCUUCCCACACAAUAUUCAUCGUCUAGAAAUGGCACGUAAAGUCAACGAUAUCAUUAAGAAUUUUGAAGAGAUCAACGACGAGGCACGCAAAUACGGCCUUCAAAACGCUUUGGAUGCAGAUGUAAAUGCUCGUUUUGACGGAAUAGGCCCAUCUGCAGGUCUAGAAAUUGAUUCGUUCAGUAUUGAUACGAUUUUUCUUGCAAGAGAAAACGACGUGUCUGAAAUAGUGAAGAUGAUGACUACUCUUCCGAAUGAUCAAGUACUCUCUAUCCUUCCUAUUUUCGGGAUCGGUGGGCUCGGAAAGUCAACGGUAGCAAGACAAGUAUUUAAUCAUGAAAAGAUAAAGACUCAUUUUGCUAAGUGUAUUUGGGUGCAUGUUUCUGAAAAUUUUGAUGACACAAUACUUUUCAAGAAGAUUCUUAUAUCGUUAACAGAAACAAAUGCCGAAUUUAGAAAUAAACAAACUCUUCUUGAAACUCUUCAAAGAGAUUUGGGAACUGCAAGAUUUCUACUUGUCCUCGACGAUGUUUGGAACGACAGUAAAGAAAAAUGGGAUGAAUUUAUUAUCGCCUUGAUUAGAAUUUGUUCUGCUACAGGAAAUGGUAUCAUUGUUACUACGCGACGCGAAAGUGUUGCUUCACUGGUCACAACACUUCCUAUUUACAUACUAAAUAAUUUGUCAGAAGACGAGUGUUGGUCAAUAAUCAAAUCAAAAGUUGUUGGAGAAGGUAAUAUUCCAUCAGAAUUUGAGACAAUUGGAGUAUGCAUUGCGAAAAGAUGUCGUGGUUUGCCAUUGGCAGCCAAUGUGGUCGGCGGAUUGUUGCGUGGUAAGUCGAUUGAUGAUUGGCUCUUUGUUGAAAAGAAUUGGGUCUCGGAUAUAGGAGAUGAAAAAUCUGUCUCCAAUAUUUUGAAACUAAGUUUUGAUCAUUUAUCGUCACCGUCGCUCAAAAUGUGCUUUGCGUAUUGUUCGAUAUUUCCUAAAGGAUUUAACUUUGAAAGGGAAAAAUUGGUUGAACUUUGGAUGGCAGAAGGAUUUCUUGGAGGAAAUGAUGAUAUGGAGAUUGUGGGCUACGAAUUCUUUAAUCUUCUCUUACAAAACGCUUUGUUGUUACAAUUUGUACUGACAAAAGUCUAUCACAAUAUAAUGUAUUAUAACAUGCACAGUAUUGUGCAUGAUCUUGCAUCCUCUAUUUUAAAUUUAAUCGACCAAGCUCGGUACAUAGGGAUGCAAUCUAUUAGUGGUGAAUCGCGUGUUAUGCCAAAAGAACAAGCAAGUUGUCUUCGUACAUUACUGUUCACUGGUAAAAUAUGUGAUCUCAUAUUCUCAGAGUUCAAAUCGUUGCACGUUUUAAUUCUGAAUCCGGGUGAUGGUGUUUCGAAUGUUGUUGAAGAGUUGCCAAGUUCCAUUAGAGAGCUAGUACAUUUGAGAUGUCUCGACGUUUCAGGCAGAAGAAUUAUGUGUUUGCCAGACUCUAUUGGUGAACUCUAUCACUUGCAGACGUUAAGAACGUAUGCUUAUUUGAAGAAGCUACCGAAUACGUUGAAGGACUUGAUUAGUUUGAGACAUCUCCACAUUCGUCGUGGGAUAAAAUUGCCUCCAGAGAUGGGAAGAUUAACUUCUCUUCGAACACUACAGUACUUUGGAGUGGGCGAUGAAAAGGGUCGUAGAAUUGGUGAGCUCGGAAGCUUGAAGAAUCUGAAAGGGGAACUGGAGAUUUAUAAUCUUGAAAUGGUCCGCGACAAAGAAGAGUCUCUUAGAGCACAUUUAUUUCAGAAGCCAAACAUAGUCAAGUUAAAGCUCGAGUGGGGUUUUGAAAAUAGAGAAGGUGAAAAUAAUGAUGAGAAUGUUCUGGAAGGCCUCCAACCCAACCCAAAUUUAAAGAGCUUAUGCAUUCGUCGAUUUGGAGGAAGACGUUUGCCAUCAUGGUGUUCAAAAAUGUCGGGGCUUAAUAAUUUGACGGAGAUAACAAUUGAAGGUUGCACAGAAUGUGAACAAGUUCCAACGCUAGGGCACUUGCCACAUCUCAAGAAUCUUUAUCUAAUUAGCUUGGAGAAUGUAGAAUCCAUAGGUUUGUCAUUCUAUGGAAUCGACAAAUACGGUAGCACAUCUAGUAAUACAUGUGUUACCGUAUUUCCGGCACUUGAAAGGCUCGAGUUGUUCAAUAUGUCGAAGUUGACAGAGUGGUUAGAAGCAGAGCUAACACCGAAUGCAACCGAGAAUCGACGACCAUCUGAUCGAGUGGUGGUAUUUCCUUGCCUUGAGCACUUGAUGGUUAAAGAUUGCAAACAAUUGACGAGUGCUCCAAGUCAUUUUCCAUGGCUUAAAGAAUUGGAGAUUUCUCAAAUGCACAAUGGGUUACCUCUCGUGAGUAUAUGUGGGGUCGAAUUAUUCUCGCUUACGAGACUCCGAAUCGAUUCAAUUGAUGGAUUGGUGUGCCUCCCGGAUUGGCUAUUCCGUAACAAUCGAAAUCUAAUGUGGUUGCAGAUAACCCAUUGUUCGAGACUGAGAGAAUUACCUAACGAUCUAUACAGCCUCGUCGCUCUUGAGAUAUUGAGUAUCGAGUAUUGUCACAAUUUGAAGACAAUAACACAUCCGCACGAAUCAAAUAGCGCGCAAUUAUUAGGUUUGACGUGCCUUCGCGAAUUGAGUAUUAGGGGAUGCCGCGAGCUAACCAAUUUGCCAAGUGAAAUGAUGGAUUCGUGUGCGUCGUCCCUCGAGAAGUUGCAAUUGUUUGAAUUGAGCAAGAUGAAUAUGGAAAUGCUGAUCGGGAGCUUGCAGAAAAUGUCUCGUCUCACCGACUUGACAAUUGAUCAGUAUAACUCACAUUCGUCAGUUGUCGAUGCCAUCUUGAAAGCAUCACCAAAAUCUCUUCGGAAAUUAGACUUGUACGGAACACAUUAUUCUCAAUACCUACCGAAUCAACUUCAACAUCUCACUACUCUUUCUGAGUUAUGUUUAUGGGAUUUCGGAGAGAUGGAAGAAUUGCUCGAAUGGUUUGGGAACAACGGCAACAACUUGUGCUCGUCUCUACAAAAGUUGACUCUAUGCUACUUCAAGAAGUUGCGCCGCUUGCCGUCUAAGGAAGCAAUGCUACGUCUUUCCAAAUUAAGAUAUUUAUACAUUUACGAUUGUCCGAUGUUAAAUCUGAAAAGAAUACGAGACGGAGAUGAUUCUGAGUGGCCCAAGAUUUCGCAUAUCCCCUACGUCUCAAUGAAUGGAAUUCGAAUUCCGACUAAUGCCCACUAA